GCCUGCACGGGUGAGCUUAGGGCCAGAGUCAAGACAGGGUGCCACGAUUGCCCCUUGGGACCAAGGCUUCCAGCAGGGACAGGACCCUCGUAGCUGCUGACGACGCCCAGGCCUGCAGCCCGGCGGACAGUGAAUGCCUCGAUGGCGUCGCCGAGCCCGGACACUCCGUGUUCCUGCGACUGCUUUGUCUCUGUGCCCCCAGCCUCGGCCAUCCCAGCUGUGAUCUUUGCCAAGAACUCAGACCGACCCCGGGAUGAGGUGCAGGAGGUGGUGUUUGUGCCCGCAAGCACGCACGCUCCCGGGAGCCGGCUGCAGUGCACCUACAUUGAGGUGGAGCAGGUGACAAAGACCCACGCCGUGGUCCUCAGCCGUCCCUCGUGGCUCUGGGGGGCUGAGAUGGGCGCCAACGAGCAUGGUGUCUGCAUAGGCAAUGAGGCCGUAUGGACCAAGGAGCCAGUGGGCGAGGGGGAAGCCCUGCUGGGCAUGGACCUGCUCAGGCUGGCCCUUGAGCGGAGCAGCUCUGCCCGGGAGGCCUGGCAUGUGAUCACAGACUUGCUGGAGCGCUACGGACAGGGGGGCAGCUGUCGGGAGGACCCCACGCCCUUCUGCUACCACAACACCUUCCUGAUGGCUGACCGUACUGAGGCAUGGGUGCUAGAGACGGCCGGGAGGCUGUGGGCCGUGCAGAGGAUCCAGGAGGGGGCCCGCAACUUGUCCAACCAGCUGAGCAUUGGCACAGACAUCUCAGCCGAGCACCCGGAGCUGCGGACUCACGCGAGGGCCCAGGGCUGGUGGGACGGGCAUGGUGCCUUUGACUUUGCCCAAGUCUUCUCCCUGACCCAGCAGCCUGUGCGCAUGGAGGCCGCCAAGGCCCGCUUCCGGGCCGGACGGGAGCUGCUGCAGCGACAGCAAGGGACCCUCACGGCCGAGGUGAUGAUGGACAUCCUCAGAAACAAGGAGAGUGGCAUCUGCAUGGACUCCGGAGGCUUCCGUACCACGGCCAGCAUGGUAUCCAUCCUGCCCCGGGACCCCACACAGCCCUGCGUGCACUUCUUCACAGCUACACCAGACCCAUCCAGGUCUGUGUUCAAACCUUUCAUCUUCGGACAGGGGGUAGCCCAGUCCCCCCAGGUGCUGUCUCCCACCUUUGGAGCACAGGACCCUGUUCGGACCCUGCCCCGAUUCCAGGCUCAGGUGGAUCGCAGGCACAGCCUCUACCGGGGACACCAGGCGGCCCUGGAGCUGAUGGAGAGCCAGCAGGGUCCCGGCCAGCAGCUCUGGCAGAAGCAGCGGGAUUUGGAGCAGGAAGGCCUGGAGGCCAUGCGGAGGUUACUGGCUGGCGAGUGGAGCCCAUCAACCCAGGAACUGGCUGGCCUCUUCCAGGCCUUUGUGCUGAAAGAGGGCCAGGCCUACGCAUGAGUGUAGAGCUCCUGCCCGCCUGGCACGGGCCCAGAACCCAGGCAUGGGGCUCAGGCGGAGCCUGCAGCUGUGUUUUGACUGGGCUGCUGGGCCUGGACCUUAAUAAAGGUUUGAUUUCUUGCUCAGUGAA